AUGAAUACUUACAAAUCAAUAAUACGGCAAUCUUCUAAUGAGCAGCUACAAGAACAACCACUAAAUUUUUCAACUAAUUCAACUAAUGAUAUUACAAUACCAGCAGCAACAACGCUUUGGCAAGAAUUCGGUCAAGUUGAGAAACACAACUUCGAUAAUCAGUGUAACGUUGUAGCUUCCGGCAUAAACACAACUUCAGUCCCGGUUCCACCAAGAUCCCUGCUCACUUAUCAACCCCCAAUAUUUAUGGCACCAGGAUUUUUGUCGUCAUCUUAUAUGUCUUCAUUUGCUGCAGCGGCCGCGAUGUCAGCCGCAAUGAAUGCCGCAGUACAUCGCCUUCCGCAUCAGUUAUCAUCAAUGAGUAAUAGUGUGGUGGAAUCAGACCCAGCAACGAUUUCAGUAAAUUCGUUCUGUUCGAUGAAUACAGCACAGAGUCCAGCACCAACAUCGCCAGCACUUUCCUGUGCGGUUUGCGGUGAUGUGUCUAGCGGAAAGCAUUACGGAAUUCUGGCAUGUAAUGGUUGCAGUGGUUUCUUCAAGCGGAGUGUACGACGUCGACUAAUUUACCGAUGUCAGGCUGGUACCGGCUCCUGUAUCGUUGAUAAAGCACACCGUAAUCAGUGUCAGGCUUGUAGGCUUAAAAAAUGCCUCAGUAAAGGAAUGAAUAAAGAUGCUGUACAGAAUGAGCGACAACCACGUAAUACAGCUACAGUUCGUACUCAGAAUGAGUCGGAAUUUUCGACAUCAUCAAGUUUUUACAAUACGGUAACAACGGCACUUUGUGUGAAUGGCGAAAUACCAGACUCCACUUCCGGUGUAUUGAUGGCAAAAGGUUCUUCUCCGAUUAGUGAUUCCGGUAAACAGGAUUUCUCAGAGAUAUUUGGUAGCGAAAAAAUUGAUGAAGUUAGACGUGGUGUUGAAAAUGAAAAUGUCCAAGAAGCUUCUACAAGACUUUUAUUUUUGGCCAUUAAAUGGGCUAAAAAUCUUCCAUCAUUUGCGUCACUGUCACUUCGUGAUCAGUUAAAAUUGCUGAAAGAAAAUUGGUGCGAUCUUUUCCUCCUCAGUGUGUUCCAAUGGUCACUUCCAAUGGACAAAUGUCCCUUGCUGAAUACUUUGCAAACUGAUCCGUCCAGUUUUCGUUAUUUGAACGAUUUAUUCUUUCGGAUUCGUAGUUAUGGUAUUGAUCAUGGCGAAUUUGCUUGCUUAAAGGCCAUAGUGUUGUUUAGGCCAGAAACAAGAGGAUUAAAGAAUCUAGUUCAAAUUGAAGAUCUACAAGAUCAAGCACAGCAAACACUGGCCAAACAUACAAUGAAUUCAUCACCAGCAAGAUUUGGCCGAUUACUUCUUCUGUUACCACUCUUGCGAACUAUAAGCGCUGAGAAAAUUGAGCGAAUGUUUUUCAUGGCUACAUUUGGAAACACAUCAAUCGAUCAAAUCAUUUGUAAGAUGUAUAACGGAUGA